AAGUGAAUCACGUUAGGAAAUUAAAUCCAUCUAAUCCAUUUACAAUCAAGUUAUAUUAGAUUGUAUUUGAGAUUUAUUUUAUGAAUCUACCAUAUCUCUCAGAUAAAUCAAAUCGAGAGUAAUGCGCAAACAAACCAUAAAGAUACGUAUAAAAGAAUGGCUCAAUUAUACUAUAACUAUAUUAUACAAAAAAAGUAGUAAUUAAAUAUUGUGUAAACAUCACGAACAACCUAUUUCAACGGUUAUAUAAGAAUUAUAAUCAACAACCCAAAUUAACAAUUAAUUAUAAAAUAGUUAUUUAAAAAGAAGUAAGAUUACUAGAUUCCAAAAGGUAAACGCCAUGAAUAAUCCAUCUCAUCGACAAUCAUGUAUUUUUGAAUUGAAAACAUGAGAUUCAAUUAACUUGCCGUCCUACUUCAUAAUAUUGUUUUCUGAUACCAUAUUUUGAUUGAUCCGUCGUUUAUUCGUCAGUAUGUGGCGUUGGAUGGGCUUCUGGAAUCACGGUUCAAGAGUCGCGGCUGGAAAUUAGACGGAACUAGUCGAGUAAUCGGAACCGGAGGUUAGAGGGGUUACGUCAAACUUAUCUUCCAUCGUCCCGUCCAAAAGAAAAAAGAAAAAAAGAGGCCUUUCGUAAGCAAUGACGAAGGAGCCACUGCAAGUCAGCAUUUGCAGGUCAUUCUGAACUCCAGGGCCGAAGACCUCUUCCAUCGAUUCUACUGGAUAUUAGAAACCUCUCCCCAUUUUACCUGAUCUCUGGAACAGGGCAAAAGAAAUUUCCCCUUCCUCGGUAGUGUUUGCCAUCUCUCGGAGCUUCAACAUGGGCUCAGCCACUCGAGACCUCCACAUCCUUUUCUUCCCCUUCUCGGCCCCAGGCCACAUUAUCCCCAUCGUCGACUUGGCCAAGCUCUUCGCCUCCCGCGGCGUCAAAACCAGCAUCCUCACCACCCCGGGCAACGCCCCCUCCAUCCAACUCUCCAUCGACCAAGUCAAUGACUCCUCCACCCUCCGCCACCCCAUCGCCCUCUACCUCCUCCCCUUCCCCUCCACCGAGGCCGGCCUCCCCACUGGCUGCGAGAACGUGAGCUCCAUCACCUCCGCCAAUCUCGACACGCGGGUCAAAUUCGUCCGGGCAUUCGAGCUCCUCCGUCAGCCUUUCGCCCGAGUCCUUAGAGAGUUACUCCCCGACGCCGUCGUAACCGACACCUUCCUUCCCUGGACCCAAGACGUCGCCGCCGAGCUUGACGUGCCGCGCCUCGUGUUCCACGGCACCAGCCUCUUCUCCCUCUGCGCCUCCGAUAGCAUAGACCGCUUCAAAGUCCUCGACUCCGUCCCGCCCGGCAGCGCCCAGUCCUUUGUCCUUCCCGGCCUCCCCCACCGGAUCGAGAUGCAGAGAUCCCAAUUCCGGGACUCAAGCAAGAUGCCCGGAUUUACGGUGUUUUUCGACCGGAUCAGGAUUUCCGAGGAGCGGAGCUAUGGCGUCGUGGCCAAUAGCUACUACGAGCUAGAGCCGGAUUACGCCGAACAUUAUAGAAAGGUGGUAGGUAGAAGGUUGUGGAACGUCGGCCCGGUGUCACUCUGCAACAGAAAUGAGAUCGAGAAGUCUCGGAGGGGAGAUGAGACUUCCAUCGAUUGCAGCCAGUGUUUGAGCUGGUUGAACACCAAGAAACCGGGCUCGGUGGUCUACAUUUGUUUUGGGAGCAUGUACAAAUUACCCAUAGCACAAAUCAGAGAGAUUGCUUUGGGUCUCGAGGCCUCGGACGCACCGUUUAUUUUGGUGGUGAGAGAUGUCCGCGGAAAUGACUCGGACUGGCUGCCAGAAGGGUUCGAGGAGGAAGUGGUGGGAAGGGGGAAGGGACUGAUAAUAAGAGGAUGGGCGCCGCAGCUACUUAUAUUGAAUCAUGAGGCUGUGGGGGGAUUUGUGACGCACUGCGGCUGGAAUUCUUGCUUGGAGGGUGUGAGCGCCGGGGUGCCGAUGAUCACUUGGCCGAUGUUCGCCGAGCAGUUUCUUAACGAGAGGUUGAUAGUGGAUGUGUUGAAGGUUGGGGUUGGGGUCGGUGUGAAGGAGUACGUAGAUAUUGCUGCGGAAAGGAGGGUGGUGGCGGGGGAGGAGAUAAGGAGGGCGGUGGGGAGGGUUAUGGACGGGGGAGAAGAGGCGGAGGAGAUGCGGAGGAGAGCGAGGGAGCUCGCGGAGAUGGGAAGGAGGGCAGUGGAGGAGGGUGGAUCGUCUUAUGCCGACGUGGGGGAGCUUAUCCAGGAGUUGAUUGGGAGGAGGAAGACAACUGGGACAGAAUAGAUGCGUAAGGUUCUGAGGAGCGAGUCUUGGUUUGUUUGCCACCUACUCAAAUUAUGCAAACUACAUUCAUCGGUCGGUUUGUAAGGGCAACAAUACUCAGUGUGGCAUUUUAGCUAGAAAAUAAUUUGUGUUCCAGAGAAAAUAGUGCUAUAUUCUAUAAGCGUGCAUAGAAAUUUCUGGAUCCAUCACACUAUCACACAAUUGUACCUUGCUGGGUCAUCACCUUAGAAGCAGGUGAGACUUGCGCCUGCACACAAACUUUCAUGGUGGUUCCCGACAAAUGCAUUCUUGAGGUCAGCCUUCAAUGUCUGGAUUUUCAAUAGUCACAGUAUAUCGAACAAAAUCAUUUGAGUUAGAUUGCAGGUAUGCCUUUUUUUCUUUUUUUCUUGAGUACUAGAUUAGAGAUCUGCCCCAUAACGUCAUUAAGUCACUCGAGGAUGUCGCUAAAGCGCCACUCAGCUGGUGUGGUGUA